CAUUCCUAAACCGUUAAGACAAUAAAAUUUACGAGGGGUUGCGGGGGAGGCGAGGAGAACGAGGGAGAGUCAAGCAAGGGGAGAAGUGAGAAAGGACAAAAAGACGUUACGAAGACGAGAAUAUCAUCAUUCUAUCAAAACGGUUAUGACGGUUACGAACACUGGAUUAUUGUCAUUUCUAUUUCUCUAUCUCAAUAAUUAUCACUACAAAUUUUGGGGGUUCGUCCGGGAUAUUGAGAAAUUCAUACGAGAACUUUUAGAAGUGCAAUGGAGUCCAGACAAGAUGGCGGAGUUAGUGACGCUGCGGUGAACGACAAAGAACUACGACUGACUGUUGUAACUAAGGACAAUACGAUGCCGGAUGUGAAACAUCUUAAGUGUGCUGAUCUGAAAAUCGAACUAGGACGACGAAAAUUGAAAACCACGGGUAGCAAGAGAGAGUUGGUGCAAAGAUUGGAGGCAGCACUUUUGAUUGAUAACGCCAGAGACAAUGACGUGCAAAGCGACAAUGAUACUGACGAAAGUGAGGACGAAGAUAGUAAUAUAAUGCGCUAUAAAAGUGAGUACGCUAAGCCAAUGUUUACCUUCAGAGAUGUUGAUGAAUCCCUUGAAACAUUCAGUGGUGACGACGGAAAGAAUGUUGUAAAAUGGAUCUCUAAUUUUGAAGACAUGGCAGAAAUGUGUAAUUGGAAUGGCAUGCAGAAAAUAAUUUACGCAAAACGACUACUCAGAGGUUCAGCAAGAAUGUACGUGAACUACGAACAAUGCACCAAAUCAUGGCAAGCAUUAAAAGAAGCCCUUUGCGCUGAAUUUGCUCCAAAACUGAACAGCAGGAAGAAUCAUAAGCAGCUGUCGAUGGAAGUAAAGAAUCAAAAUGAGACUUACCAGGAAUAUAUGUAUCAGAUGAUUGAAAUUUCGUCACAAAUUACGAUUGAGGACGAAUCGGUAAUACAAUAGAUCAUCGAUGGAAUUCAGGAUGAACAAGUAAGUAAGACAGUGCUGUAUGGUGCUACUACUUUUAAAGAAUUUCGACAAAAGCUGAGAAUCUAUGAAAACAUGAGAUCAAGUCAUAAGCCAAGUGCUAAAAUGACGGUGGGUUCUAAGAAGCUAGGGCGUGAGAUUAAGCCUAAUAAUUCCUAUGGAGAUGAAAAACGUUAUAACUGUGGCGGGAAAAACCACGUGAGUAAAAGUUGUCCAGAAAAAGACAAAGGAAUGAAAUGUUUUAGCUGUAAUAAUUUUGGUCAUAUUUCAUCUAAAUGCCCUCAAAAUGUCGAGAAAAGAAGUUGUGAAGUAAAGGGAAAAGAAGUUAAAAUAGGGGAAGCGGGCUUCACGGCACUUAUAGAUUCAGGAAGUGAUAUAAAUUUGAUGAGAGCCGAUGAUUACGUAAAGAUGGGCGCACCAAAAUUUACUGGAAAUUCAUUGGAAUUUCAUGGAGUAAGUGAGCGAAAGAGUUUUACACUUGGAAGUUUUUGGUCUGUAGUAAGUGUUGACAGAGACCAAUUUUCAGUCCCCAUACAUGUAGUUCCUAGUUCAUUCCUUGCUUAUCAGUUGUUGUUGUGAGCCGACUUUCUAAAACAAGUUCAUAUUACUUUAAAAGGAGGCUGUGUUGAGAAAAUUACCAAAGCAAAAGAUGCAGAAGUAUACGAUAUU